UUUACGCCCGUGAAAGUGGGACGUUAAAGAAUUCAACUGGUCGGCGCCGAGCGUUUCGAGCUAGUACGUUCAAAGAAUUCCGCUAUAAAAGUUAUGUCCGCUACCGAAAAUGAAAACGAUCUGCAAAUUAUCAAGGAAUGGUUGGCCAAAGAGCCGCACUUGCCGCAGAAUAUAAACGACAAGCUGCUGCAACGGUUCCUGUACACCUGCAACCACAGCGUGGAAAGAGCGAAACACCUAAUUGACCUGUUUUACACGAUCAGGUCGCAAUCGCCUGAAAUUUUCGCGGAUCGCGAUCCCGACGCGCCCCACAUUCGGCAGGCAUUCGAAGACAUAGAUUUUGUACCGCUGCCGAAACUAUCCGCUCAAAACUACAAGGUGUUCCUGUACAAUCUAAGGACCAGCGACCCCGAAAAGUACCACUUUGUAGACGCCCUUAAGGCGUUUUUUGUACUCGCCGACGUGCGGAUGCUGCUGGAGACGGAGGUGCCUGAUGGUGAGAUUCCCAUAUUCGAUAUGCGGAACUUCACCCUCAAGCACCUGACCAAGAUAGUACUACCCGUCCUGAAAAAGUACAUGCUGUACACCCAGGAAGCCCACCCGAUCAAGCUGAGGCAGAUCCACCUGCUCAAUGUACCGACGUUUCUGGACCGAUGCCUGCAUAUCGUCAGGCCGUUCAUGAAGAGCGAAGUCGGAAAAAUGAUCCACACGCACCUGCCCAAUUCGACCACUCUGUACGAUCACGUGCCUCGCGACCUCCUACCCGAAGAGUACGGCGGAACGGUCGGCAAAAUAGACGACUUAAAGCGCGCGUGGAUCGACAAAGUGCGGCAACACAGGGACUACGUCGUAGACGAGUCGCGGUGGGCGGUGGACGAGAGGAAAAGGCCCCGCCCACCGGCCCACACCGUCAGCAUGGAAGGCAGCUUUAGGUCGCUGAGUAUCGACUGA